CGCAGGAGUUCGUCCGCGCAUGGCGCUAGUUACCGUCUGUCGAUCCCCAUCGGGGAGUGGCCACUCGACCCCCACCGGCUGCAAGGAAAUUGCCAACAAAAUAGGAAGCACAUGGAUAAGAUUAUGCAAGAGCUGGAAUUCAAGGCCAAUCUAGGAAUCCUGAAAAGGAGAUGAGAAACAAGCAAGGGAACAGUGCCCAGCUGGCCUCUGCAUACCUAUUUCCAAAUCUUUGGAAGAAUUCCUGCUUUGUGAAGCUAUGGCACAGAAAGGAAGAAUAUACAACUUGGGGCCUGCCAGCGCAGUUAUAGAGCCUCAGCCAGAUAUUGGAGCAUAUCUGGUGCUUGAUUUGCUUUUGCUACUUACAAACCAAGAUGGUUGUUAAAGGAUGAAGAUGUUCCUAGAAGAAGACAGUUGCAGCGACGCCACAGCUUUGUCAUGGUCAAGGGAGCUGCUCUACUCCUGCCAGAAGAAGACAAGUUGGAGGCGGUCCUGGAGGAUCCAGCAACUUCCCUAGACCAAACACCCAAAAGUGAAGAUGCUAUUGCUGGGCAGCAAGAACUGCACUUACAGCAAAUGGUGGAGCUGCUGCGGCCAGAAGACACCAUCCAGCUGGCUGUGAGACUGGAGUCAGCACGAGCUCAUAGAAUCCGAUACUUGGUGGUGGUCUCAGUAACGGAGAGGGAGAGCAAGAGCGAGAUGGUGCUUUUGGGCGUGGACUUCCCUGAUGAAAGCUUGGCUACCUGCACACUGGGUAUGGUGCUUCCACUUUGGAGUGACACACAGGUUUUCCUUGAUGGUGAUGGGGGCUUCAGUGUGACAUCUGGGGGACAAACACGGAUCUUUAAGCCCAUCUCUGUCCAGACAAUGUGGUCAGCACUGCAAGUGCUGCACAAAGCAUGCAACGAAGCAGUCUCCAACAACUAUUUUCCUGGAGGGGGUGCAUUGAACUGGACCGAGUGGUAUCAGAAGGCUGUGAAUUCUGACCAGAGCUGCAUUAAUGAGUGGCUAGCCAUGUCUGACCUGGAAUCUGUGCGGCCCACGUCUCCCUCCAUCUUCUCAGACAAGCGAACAGCAAAGGACGUGACAGAACGGACGAUCCGGGCCAAGCUGCGUGAGGUGAUGGGCACCACUGACCUGGAGAGCAUCACCUCCAAGGAGAUUCGUACAGAACUGGAGCAGCGGGUUGGCUGUAGUCUGGAAGAUUACAAGGAGUUUAUUGACAACGAAAUGUUGCUUAUCAUGGCACAGAUGGAUCGGCCUUCUAAGAUCUUUGAUUACCUCUACUUGGGCUCUGAAUGGAAUGCAGCUAACCUUGAGGAGCUCCAAAAGAACAGAGUCAGCCAUAUCCUCAAUGUGACUCGUGAGAUUGACAACUUCUUCCCAGAGCAUUUCACUUACAUGAAUGUGCGCAUCUAUGAUGAAGAGGCCUCACAACUACUGCCAUACUGGAAGGAGACCCACAACUUCAUUUCAGAUGUUCGGACCCAAGGCUCUCGCGUCUUGGUGCACUGCAAAAUGGGAGUGAGCCGUUCUGGGUCCACAGUGAUUGCCUAUGCCAUGAAGGAGUAUGGUUGGUCGCUGGAACGGGCUCUUGGUCACGUGCGAGAACGGCGACCAAUUGUUCACCCCAAUCCAGGCUUCAUGAGACAGCUGGAACUUUACCAGGGCAUGCUGGAUGCCAGCCGUCACAGCAGUCUGUGGGAACAAAAGGCGGGGGAUGCCCCCUCAGGAGACUCUUCCGAUAUAAGCGAUGCCAGCAGUGAUCAUUCUGGAAGCCUGGAGUAUGAGACUCUGAGCAGCUCAGAUGAAGAACCAGAAGUGCCAGUAACAAUUCCCCAGUAUUGUUUUCGUCCUUUACAUGAGCCUUCUGAGAAUCCCAGUUAUCCCAUGCCCCCCACAGGCAUCCCCCCACUCAGUCUUCAGGCAACAGAAGAACCUGGGGCAUCAGAUGAUUCAGGAGCUGAGGAGGUGCGGAGACACAUGGCUACCAUGAAAGUACCUGAGAAACCACCCGUACUCCGACGGGAACGCAUUAACCUUUAUGCAAUUAUGCGCAGCAUCAGUGAGAUGGAUAGUCCAGAACACAUCUCUGUGACAGAGGACACGCCUGAGGAAGAGCAGGUAUUUCUUCAUGCUGAAAGGAAGACCUGUGAACUAUCAUCCCAAAGUGAAGAAAAUGAAAAGCCAGUUACAGGCAAAUUGUCUCUUCCAGGAGACCAGCGGGCAUAUGGACAGAGGCCAGGGCGUAGGGGACGGAGCAGAGGUUCCAGAGUCCAUGCGCAGCCUUGCAAACAGCUCUCAUACCACCCGGCACCAGGCAAGGUGCAUAAAGCUGUUCGGCACAUGGAAGGAUCUGGCUCAUGUGGGCGCAAGGCCCCCUUGCAGCAUCGCCUCUCAGUGGCUCAGCUGGCUGAUGCUGCCCUGGUAGUGAGUCGGACCAAGGAAUUUGAGGGACAGAUGAAUCCUGAAAUUUCCAAGAAGCUCCAAUUGCCGUCUUCCUUGUCGUGUUCCAAGUCUCGACAGGUUGUGCGCCAGGCCAGUGUUGACAUGGGCCCCAGUUCAGUCUGAAGACCUUUUCUCUGCCUUUUCCCCCUUUCUACUGUCAGUAAGCAAAAGAUUUCAUGGGAAUCCCAAGACUGAAGACACAUUUGUGAUAUUUAGCCUGAGGAAAAACAUUUUCUGUACACUGCCUUGGAGGAGAGAACUUCUCUACUCCUAAAAGAGACCACAGCUGCUUUCCAAGUGCAUUUUUCUCCUUUCUAUCGAUAAUGGCAGAAUGGGUGUAGAAAGGACCAGUGUUGCUUUUGGGUUUAAUCCAUUUAUGUGUUACUGACUUUCUAAGAGCCCUGAAGAUGUCACGGUUUUAAGUUUCAUAUGGCAGGGCUGUUUGUCCUUUAAUUUGCUUUGACUGCUUUUAUAUUCUGUUCUGCCUCAAUCUUAUAUUUUCCAGAUUUAUGGACUAGAAUUCUGGUCAUCCUCACCCAGCACAAUAGUGAAAAUUGUAGUCAGAUGUGAGGCCUCCAAAUAGGCCAAAGGUUUAAGAUUGAAUCCUCUCACUGUGAUCCAAGUGGGGAAUGAACUAUUCCUUUUAUUUUUAUGUACCUACAGUUCCUGUGCCAUUGCCAGCUUCACACAGCCUGAAAAUAAAGUUCAUUCAUUUUCCAUUUGGUAA